CCCGGGCGGGCGCGCGACCCGGCGCCAUGGCGGCGGCGGUGGCAGGCGGGCUCGAGGCCGCGGCGCCCGAGGAGGCCGCGAGCGGGCGGUGGGCGCCGGCGGAGCUCGGCCCGGGGCCGGGGGGCGAGGAGGCCCCUGCGCGGCCGCUGUGCAAGCCCCGCGGCAUCUGCUCGCGCGCCUACUUCCUGGUGCUCAUGGUGUCCGUGCACCUGUACCUGGGCAACGUGCUGGCGCUGCUGCUCUUCGUGCACUACAGCAACGGCGAGGGCGGAGACCCCGGGCCCCCGGGCCCCCCGCCCGCGCCCGCGCCCGCGCCCGCGCCCGCCCUGGGCCCCCUGACCCGGCUGGAGGGGAUCAAGGUGGGGCAUGAGCGGAGGGUCCAGCUGGUCGCGGGCCGAGACCACCUCAUCCGCACCCUCAGCCUCAAACCGCUGCUCUUCGAAAUCCCUGGCUUCCUGAGUGACGAGGAGUGUCGCCUUAUCAUCCACCUGGCACAGAUGAAGGGGUUGCAGCGCAGCCAGAUCCUGCCCACGGAGGAGUACGAGGAAGCAAUGGGCACCAUGCAGGUCAGCCAGCUGGAUCUCUUCCAGCUGCUGGACCAGAACCGUGACGGUCGUCUGCAACUCCGUGAGGUCCUGGCCCAGACUCGCCUGGGAAAUGGACGGUGGAUGACUCCAGAGAACAUCCAGGAGAUGUACUCUGCAAUCAAGGCUGACCCCGAUGGCGACGGAGUGCUGAGCCUGCAGGAGUUCUCUGACAUGGACCUUCGGGACUUCCAUAAGUACAUGAGAAGCCACAAGGCAGAGUCCAGCGAGCUGGUGCGUAACAGCCACCACACGUGGCUCUACCAGGGUGAAGGUGCCCACCACGUCAUGCGUGCCAUCCGGCAGAGGGUGCUGCGCCUGACCCGCCUGUCACCCGAGAUCGUGGAGCUCAGCGAGCCGCUGCAAGUCGUGCGUUACGGCGAGGGGGGCCACUACCACGCACAUGUGGACAGCGGGCCCGUGUAUCCGGAGACCAUCUGCUCCCAUACCAAGCUGGUAGCCAACGAGUCUGUGCCCUUCGAGACCUCCUGCCGCUACGUGACGGUGCUGUUCUACCUCAACAACGUCACCGCGGGCGGCGAGACCGUCUUCCCUGUGGCCGACAACAGGACCUACGACGAGAUGAGCCUCAUCCGGGACGACGUCGACCUCCGCGACACCCGGCGGCACUGCGACAAGGGCAACCUGCGCGUCAAGCCCCGGCAGGGCAGCGCCGUCCUCUGGUACAACUACCUGCCCGACGGGCAAGGCUGGGUGGGCGACGUCGACGACUACUCCCUGCACGGAGGGUGCCUGGUCACGCGCGGCACCAAGUGGGUCGCCAACAACUGGAUCAACGUGGACCCGAGCCGGGCGCGCCAGGCCCGGUACCAGCAGGAGAUGGCGCGCCUGGCCCGCGAGGGGGGCGCCGACGCGCAGCCUGACUGGGCCCCGGACCGGGCCUACCGCGACGCGCGCGCCGAGCUCUGAGGCGCCCGGCCGUCUUGGGGGCCCUGCCGCCCCCGCUCGCCCACCCACCCACACCCUCGUUAUUUAUUGUGUACAGACCCGGCCGCCCCGCUCCGCACAAUAAAAGUACCCGGCUUCGAGCCCCGAGCCCCGAGCCCCGAGCCGCGGGGGGAGGUGGCGGGGGGGGGGGUGGGGGAGGGGAGCGAGGGCCGGGCGGGGGGGGGGCGAGCUGCCCGCGCGCAGCGAGCGUCACGUGAGGGGGAGGCGCGAGGAAGGGGGCCUUCCGCCAAUCAGAACCCGGAUCGCGUGGGGCGGAGGGUCGUCAUUGGCCGCCGGCAGCGGGAGACCCUCGGCUCGCCGACCUGUUGCCGGGGCUCUGGAGGUCUGCGGCGCGGCGCUCGCCGGAACGGCUGCCUCUCGCGAGAGCUCUGCCGCCUUCCUCGCCGAGGCCGCUGCAGAGGCGCGGGCGCCGACAUGGAUGCCAACGAGGACUACAUCUGGCCGCGGGCCACCUCGGAGCUCAUGCUCCUCCCGGUUACGGGCCUGGAGUGCGUGGGGGACCGGCUGCUGGCGGG